CCACCACGAACAUUCUAAAACGUUAAAUUUUCUAUGUAUACAUGGGAUUACAAGACGAUUUUACCAAACUAUAGGCUAAUUUCAUACACAAUUAUGUGUCAAUUAACUCAUGAUAAGCCAAACUUCAUUUUUUGUGUUACUUCAUUCUGUUGAGCGCUGACAAUUGGUAAGAUGAUGCCUCCUCAAGUAAAAUCAAGUGACAAAGCAUGGAACAGCUUCUUUUUACCUCAAGCAUGGGAAAUAUCUACUAGGCCCUGGUUGUACAAGCUGUCCCAGAAAUAUGGAAAAACCAUAACGUUGAAUAAUGUUCCUUUUGAAGAACUUGAGACUAUUAUAAAAAAAGGUGUAAAAAUCAUAUGGUUAAUGGGCAUAUGGUCAUUAGGCAAAUAUGGCCUUCAAUUUGACAGGACAAAUCAUGAUUUGUUGAAAAACUAUGGUCAAGUUCUUCCAGAUUUUUGCGAAGAAGACAUUAUUGGUUCUCCCUUUGCAGUUACGAGCUACGAUAUCAAUCCGGAGGUCGGUACACUCGAGGGGUUAACCAACUUAAAGAGAAAGCUAAAUUCCAAUGGUAUUAAGCUUAUGACAGAUUUUGUACCCAACCACACAGCCGUCGAUGCAUCUUGGGUUACUCAAAAUCCAGAUUACUACGUGCGUGCGCCAAAGGACUUGCCACCCCCCUAUUCGCCAGAAUUGUUCACUCCAUCUGGAUUUGCAUAUGGAAAUAGUGGAUAUGGUGCAUGGCAUGACACUCUUCAGCUGAAUUAUUGGAAUUCCAACUUAAGGAUAGCACAAAUAGAGAAUCUCCUAAAAGUCGCAGCUGUUUCUGACUAUAUCCGCUGUGAUAUGAGCCAUCUCAUUUUGAACCAAGUAAUAGAGAUAAAUUGGGGGAAAAUGCUUAAAUCUUGGGGCUAUUCUGCACCAAAUAGCGAAUUUUGGACAGAUGCCAUUAAAAAUGUUAAGAUUCGUUAUCCAAAUGUUCAAUUUUUAGCCGAAGCGUAUGACUCGUAUCCAAAACAACUUCAGAAAUUGGGAUUUGACUUCACUUAUGACAAGACGUUGUAUGAUUUGUUGGUUGUCGGACAUCUGGAUAACAUUCGGAACUAUAUCAAACAUACACCUAUUGAGUAUUUUUGGAAAACAGCGCAUUUUGUUGAAAAUCACGAUGAACCUCGUGCGGCUGCUGUUUUCGGAGGUAACAUGAGAGCCGACAUGGCCGCUGUACUUUCCAUGACGCUUCCAGGUAUGCGUCUUUUCAAUCAAGGGCAAGAUUGCGGAUAUACGGCGAGGCUCGACAUACACCUCAGGCGGUCCAAGCCAGAAACCGUCAAUGAAGGCGUUCAAGACUUUUACAGAUUGCUAUAUGAAAUUAUUUCAAGUAAAAUAUUUCACAUUGGCAAAUGGGUAUACGUGGACAUUUUGCCAAGUAGCAACUCCUGGAGACUCAUUGCGUGGAAAUGGUUCUUGUCAGGAAAAAGUGUGCUUGUGGUUGUCAACUAUAGCGACAGCCAAGGCGAAGGUGCUAUCAUUCUAGAGGAUGCACAACCGCUUUCACAUAACUCCACAGAUAUUUACUUGAGGGAAUUAAUGUCUGGCAUUGUUUAUGAAAGGAACGUCCAGGAACUGAAAAAUAGGGGCUUAUAUGUCGUCAUACCCUGCUGGUCUUGUCAAGUAUUCCAAUAUGAAUCUUAUUUAUUGGUCUGACGUGAGCUUAUAAUUUUAUCCGAUUUUUAGAAAUAUAUAACGGAUUAGAAUUUUUACUUGCAAAAUAUUCAAAGGGGAAAAAAAAAAAAAAAGUAC